CACUGCGAGCGUUCCCUAAAUUAUCCAACUCCCCCUUCGGGAAGGUUUGGCCGCACGGAUGAUGUCUCAUUCAUAUUUUCAGGAGGGAAACGCCUAUCUGUUGAUGGUAUCUUGGUUAACGCAACUGAUUUAAGGCGACUGCGCAGAGCUGCAGCAGCAACCAGCUACCAUGGUCAAGACAAGAGCACCCCAUCUCACAAUCAUCACUGUCAAGAGAGGAGUUAUGUUGUCAACGUGAGCCAAUUUUUUAUAAGCGCAAACUGUAUGAUCAACCUGGACUCUCUGGGACGAUUUUCAGCUCCUGGCCUGAAAGGCAGUUGCGUUGCGCGUGAUAGCCAAACAUUAAUCAACCGAGAACACUUGCAUUCUUGUUCUGUUCGGAGAAAACCCCACAUGAUGAAAUUCAAGCCCAAUCAGACAAGGACAUAUGACGGAGAGGGAUUCAAAAAACGGGCAGCGUGUCUUUGUUUUAAGAACGACCGGGAGGAAGAGGUCUUGCUUGUUAGCAGCAGUCGGCACCCAGAUCAAUGGAUCGUUCCCGGAGGUGGGAUGGAGCCGGAAGAGGAACCUGGAGGAGCUGCGGUUCGAGAAGUCUAUGAGGAGGCUGGUGUGAGGGGCACUCUUGGCAGGUUACUGGGGGUGUUUGAGCAGAACCAGGACAGCAAACAUCGGACCUAUGUGUAUGUGCUUACUGUAACAGAGACACUGGAAGACUGGGAGGACUCGGUCAAUAUAGGUCGUAAGCGAAAAUGGUUCAAAAUUGAUGAGGCAAUCCGGGUGCUACAGUGCCAUAAGCCUGUCCACGCAGAGUAUCUCCGCAAGCUUACUCCUCGCUGCAGCCCCACAAACGGCAACACUCAGGAGCUAGUAAAUGCAGAUGACAACUCCCCCCUCCACCAAACAGCUUCACAGGACUGUGGACUGGCCCAUUUACAAAGAUAGUACUGCCAACAGAGGGCACCAAUGCAGAACGUGCUUUACCAGGGAAACUAUCCUGGGACUGGAAAGGACAAUUUUGCAUGUAGAAUGUUUCAAUGUUUUCUAUUUGAAACCUUUUAAAGAAAACAAAGGCUAGCUGUGAAAUGUCUAAAACUUCCGGGUCAGUAAGGAGAGCUGUUUUCCCCUUUUUUUCAUUUGUAACAAAUAAUUUCAAGCCAAACAAGGUAAAGUUAUUUGAAGGAGUUUGCUUAAAGUGCAGAUUAAAGGAUAAAGUUGCUAUGGUGGACGUUUUGGAAAUAUUAUUUGACCGAGGGCUUUGGGAGGAGGAAGACUGUAAUGAUGGAUGUGUACAAUUAUUUUUGAUUAAGCAGUGGAUAAAGAUUUUGGACAUUGAUUAGAAAGUAUGAUUGUGAUCUUUCGAAAUGCUGACUUUAUAUAUUUAAAAGAUAACUUGGCAUAUCUUUUAAGUAUAUGUUUAAUGAAACCAAGAAAGAAAGAACCAAGAAAGAAAAAAAGUUCUAAUUUACUUCAUGAAUUAUACAGUAUGUAAAUGCUUCUAAAAGAUACAUUUAUUCUAAAAGAUUAAAUUUGUUAAUUUAUAUAUAGAUGCCUUUAUCGCAGAUAUCUACCUGUAAUAUAGGUUUAACAUGCUAUGAAAUUUGAAGGUCUUUUCACAGUUUGGUCCAAAAUGUGAACUUGCCAUGUGAAGCAGUGCAAUCUAAUGACCCCUCUUUAUCUUUGCACUGAAAGGUUCCAUUUGCCCACCAAAAUUGCAGUUUAUAUUGUCCGUAAAGAGAGAUUCUAAAUAUUUUACAAAAUGAAAAUGCAAAACUCCCAGUGUUUCUUUCUGUAAGACAGUGUUUAUUUAAAUGGCAACAGAAAUGCAAUUGUACAUAUAAUUAUGAGAAGAUUUUAUACAACCAGAAAGCAAUUUUGAGGUUGUAAUCUUAGCAGAAAUAGCUGAGGAGGAAUUUUAAAAGUAAACAUUUGUUUUCCUCUGGGUUUUUUUAAGUCAGUGAACAGUUUGUGGAAUUCACUGAACCACAGUGGGAUAUGAGGCCAAACCAUUUUAAUAAGACUGUGUAUGGUAAAUGAGCAUACUUGUAUCUUUCCUCAGAGGAAAGAUUGCAUGUCAGGUUGUAAAUAUGUUUUAAUAUUGAUACAUUUCAGCUUCAGCCUACGUAGUAGUUUAUUUAAUAUUAGGAGUCUGACAUGAGUUUGUUAUAGACAAAGCUAAAGGAUUGCACUGCUAAGAAAUGCAAGCAACUCAGCUCUUAAAUUGUUUAUUUACAGGGUUCAAUGAAACACAGUUUAAUAUGUGAAAUUAUUAUUGUGUUAAAAUUGUGAUCUGAAAGAAAUUACAUUUUUUAUUAUUAUUAUUAUUAUUAUUAUUAUUUCUGUCCACUUUGAGAAAAUCAGAAAAACAGUUUCUUUUGGAAUAAACUCCUCACUAUGUUUCAAAUUCA